CUAUAAAAUAUAAAAUGGGAUACAAAAUGGGGCUAGAGUAAAACAACCCUUUUGCAAAUGUCAUUUUGGAUCUGAGCUAGGAGAGUUCGUUUUCCAUUUAUUUAAGGGUCAUGUCACCGCUAAGGCACAAACACCGAAACAGAAUGGCAUCUUUCACCUGUCUCGUCUUGUCCUUCCUCACUGUUCUAUCCAUUUCUUCCUCCUUUCCACUCAAAACUUCAUCCUCAAACACCAUCACCAUCCCUCUUUCAUUCUCCCAUCCAAAUCCAACCCUGGAUCUAACAGAAGAACUCACUCAUUUGGCUACUUUUUCCUUGGCAAGAUCCAAGCACAUCAAGAAUCCCCAGAAAAAGGCUUCUUCCAGUUCUAGUAAUACCCAAUUGUACCCUCGCGGCUAUGGAGGCUACUCGAUUUCCCUUAACUUCGGCACUCCUCCGCAGACCCAAUCCUUUGUUAUGGACACCGGAAGUAACUUUGUCUGGUUUCCUUGCACUAAAGGGUACCGAUGCAAUGACUGCAAUUUCACAGGCACGGAAAAGGGCGGCGCCUUUGCCCCUUUCUUGCCGAAAUCGUCUUCCUCUGCUAGGAUUCUUGGAUGUGCGAAUCCCAAAUGCGGGUGGGUUCACCGGAGAAUUACCCCGGAGAAACGCUGUUCCGAGUGCCGGCCACCGGUCACCCGGGAGAGCUGCGACCAGAUCUGCCCGGCGUAUUUCAUUCUCUACGGAUCUGGAUCUACCGGCGGCAUUGCACUCGUCGAGACCCUCGAGUUUCCCCGGAGGAAAAUACCCAAUUUUCUGGUCGGCUGCUCCGUCUCUUCGAUCCGGCAGCCUGCCGGAAUCGCCGGUUUUGGCCGCGGCCCGGUUUCCCUCCCGGUGCAAUUAAGGCUCGACAGAUUCUCCUACUGUCUUGUUUCUCACAGAUUUGAUGACGCCCGGAGAAGCAGCUCGCUGGUUAUGGAGAGCGGGCGAGAUUCCGGGGUUGGAAACCGGAAUCUCAGCUGGACGCCAUUUCUGAAGAAUCCCCAGGUGGCCGGAAGAGAUGCACUGUCGGUGUACUACUACGUCAAACUGAAGAAAAUCACCGUCGGAGGGGUAAAAGUGAGAAUCCCAUACCAGAAUCUCUCACCGGAUUCAAAGGGAAACGGAGGCACAAUUGUAGAUUCCGGCACGACAUUUACAUAUUUGACGCACGAUUUGUUCGAGGCUGUGGCCAGUGCGUUUGUGAAGCAAGUCAAGGCCUACCCUCGGGCCGGAAAACUGGAGAAGGUAACCGGAUUGGCGCCGUGCUUCAAUGUCUCCGGCUACAAGACGGUGAACGUGCCGGCGAUGAAGUUCUAUUUCAAGGGUGGCGCAGAAAUGGCACUGCCGCUGGAAAAUUACUUGUCCAUUGUUGCGACUGACGCAGUUUGCCUGACGUUGGUGACUGAUCACUCCGGUCAGGAGUCCGGCUCCGGGCCUUCGAUCAUUCUGGGGAAUUUCCAGAUGCAGAAUUUCCUUGUGGAGUAUGACCUCAAGAAUAAGAAACUGGGAUUCAGGCAACAAUUAUGCUAAGUGAUGUUUACAAGUUUAGCUGCCCAACUCAACUCUGAAAUUCUUCUAAAAAUUACUUGGUCCGUCCCUGUGUUUGUCCACUUUUGACUUCUGAAACUGUUCAUCUAAGCACUUUGACUCAUCAAAUUAUCUCAAUGUGUAAGCCUAAAAAUAGUCAUG